AUGGACACCAGUGGUAGGGUGUUGCGUUUUUUGGCGCGCAUUUGUGGUGCACUGGAGAGGAUCUCAUCGUCAAACCGCGACAGUGACAGGCGGUACACCUGCUCGUCUUUAUUGACACUCUGGGCGUCUGCGAACAGAAUGGCCCAAUGUGACGGAUUAGAGUGUGACGAAUUAGUGUGUGACGGAUUAGUGUGUGACGGAUUAAUGUGUGAGGAAUUGAUGAGCGAUGGAUUAAUACGUGACGGAUUAAUGCGUGACGGAUUAAUGUGUGAGGGAUUAAUGUGUGAUGGAUUAAUGUGUGAUGGAUUAAUGUGUGACGCAAUAAGAGCGAUGUAUUAA